AUGCAUCACAAGUUGGAGGUUGAAGACGGGACGUAUGGUCUUCUCAAGGGCCCGAACAUCAGCAAAGUACGGCUCGGUAACCAUGAGAUGGGCACCUGGUAUGGCACCGCUGUGUACUUUGCACGGGAUCACAAGACCCUGGGGUUUAAGUACCUGAAUGGGGAGAAGCAGUCGAGGAGCAAGUCGCUGGUGAACCAGGAGGAGACGUGGCUGGAGAAGCUGUACGUGUGUGACUGGUGCUUCAAGUACACCGAUGUUGAGGAUGAGUUCCUGGGCCACCACGCCAGGUGUAGCCAUAGGGCUCGCCAGCCAGGCCAGAUACGGUACCUGGCUGCUGACGUGACUAUACGGAGGGUACGAGGCUCCCGGCACAAGCUCUUCACGCAGAACCUGUGUCUCUUCACGAAGAUGUUUCUCGAUAACAAGUCGAUGUUCUUUGCAGUGGACUACUUUGACUUCUAUGUUGUCUACGACAACCUCACCAACAAGCCGAUGGGAUUCUUCUCCAAGGAGCUGCUCUCCACCGAUAGAAACAACCUGGCGUGCAUCCUGGUGUUCCCACCGUACCAGAGAAGACACCUGGGCACUUUGCUGAUUGCAUUCUCCUAUGAGCUAUCGAAAGCGGAAAGACUCAUUUCUGGGCCAGAGAAGCCACUAUCACCAUUUGGUCUAAUGGGGUAUCUGAAGUACUGGAGCAGUACCGUGGCUAGAGAACUGCUAUACGGCCGUAGCUGUGCGGAGGACGAGAUCACUCUCAACGCGCUGUCAAGAAUAACUGGAAUACGCAUUGAUGAUAUAACCCUGACUUUGAAAUACAUGGAGAUCGUAAAGGUGGAGAAUAACAAGCUACACGUGGACAGGGGUUGCUUGAAGAACUGGGCAAGGAAGAACAAGCUCUCCAAAGCCCCUCUUCUCCAAAAAGAAUGUCUAUUGGUUGAAUGA